CCGAGAAGUUGACCCACCAGCAGGUUUUUUUUUUUUUCCCCCCCGUGUAGGUGGAGAAGCUGAAGAUUUCGAAAUGAUUUCCUCAAGCUUCAGGGACUGCCAGGCAUGGAGGGCGGAGGGGCUUACAUUGUCCACCAGCAGUAAUGAGGCUUGUAAAAUGUAUGACGCCAUACUCACGCAGUACGUGAAGUGGAGGAACGAUGACAGCUUGGGAGGAAUUGAAGGAUGCAUUUCUGCUGUCCAGGCAGCUGACCCAAAUUUUGUUAUGGGGCAUGUGAUAAGUACAGGCCUGGAGCUAGUGGCAACAACAAGCUCCACCAGGCUGGAUGAGCGUCUGUCAAGUGCUGUGAGGAGGACGGUGGAACUUGCCAACAGCCAGGACAUCACUUCCAGAGAGAGACUCCAUGUCCAAGCCAUGGAGCUCUUCUCACACGGAAAUUUUCCGAAAGCCUGUGAGGCAUGGGAAGAUAUUCUGCUAGACCACCCAACUGAUAUGUUGGCCCUCAAGUUUGCACAUGAUGCUUAUUUCUACAUGGGAGCCCAAAUGCAAAUGAGGGACUCAGUGGCCAGGGUGCUUCCCCACUGGAAACCACACAUGCCUUUGUCCAGCUACCUGAAUGGACUAUAUUCCUUUGGUCUCCUGGAAACUCGUUUCUAUGACCAGGCUGAGAAAGUAGCCAUGGAGGGGCUCGCUCUAACUCCCGACGAUGCUUGGUCAGUCCACUCUGUAGCCCAUGUUUGUGAGAUGAAGGCAGAGUUGGACAAAGGCUUGAAGUUCAUGGAAAGUAGAGAGAAAGACUGGGAGGUAACUGACAUGCUGGCCAGUCAUAACUAUUGGCACUGGGCUCUAUUUUUCAUCGAGAAGAGGCAACACGAAGCUGCUCUGCAAAUAUACGACACUCAGGUUUUCAGGCGUUGCAAGGCCUCGGGAGCCAUGUUGGACAUUGUAGAUGGCUGCUCAUUACUUUACAGAUUGGAAAUGGACGGAGUGUGUGUGAAGGAGCGUUGGCAGGAGCUGCUCCAAGUAACUCGGCCUCACACUGACGAUCACGUGACCUUGUUUAAUGACCUUCACUUCCUUAUGGUGUCGCUGGGAGCUAAAGAGACUGGGACUAGUCGGCGUCUGCUGGAGGGCCUUCAGGAAUUGGCGAAGGAUCCAGGAGACAAUCAGCAGCAUCAGCUGGCCGGGACUAUAGGGAUACCAAUGUGCCAGGCUAUGCUGGAGUACAACCAGGGUAACUACGGUCAAACUGUGGAGCUACUAUACCCUUUACGCUAUCACAUGGUAGACAUAGGUGGCAGUGAUGCACAGAGGGAUCUGUUUAAUCAGCUGCUUAUUCAUGCUGCGAUGAAAUCGGAGAAUAAGCACCACCAGAAGCUGGGAAGAUGUCUUCUGGCAGAGCGCGAUGCCGUGAGGCCAAACUCUCCUCUGACCCAUCGUCUGAUGCAGAAAGCUCUUGCACUUCAGGACUAGAGGUGCACAAACCAGUUCCCAUAUAAAAAAACAACCAUUGUGGGUUUAAAAGAUUUAACUAUCAAGAGCUUGGAGUGUUAAGAGAGUGGAAACCUUUCAUGCAAAUCUCAUUGUAGUUCGCAUUGAAGUUCUUUCUUACUAUAGACUCCAAGUAUUCAAUAAUUAAUACACAGCUGUAAGCUAGUUUGACAUGAAAAAAUAUGUAAAAUUGAAUUAUUCAAAUUUCUGCAAUAACUUAUGUGCAAAAUUUUUUUUCUUUUAUUCAUUCCAAAAAUUGUUAAUUUUAUUCCCCAAAUAAUUGUAUUUCCAUUUUUCUAAUGAAAGCUUUUAUUACAUUACAUGACAGUGGUGGCGCUGUGCACUCUGAAGCUAGACUGAAAACAAUGUUAUUUUAAAUGAGCCUUCUCUCACUUUCUAUAUUUAAACAAAUAAACAUUUGCUUUUAUAAAUAUUCUAUAUUGAUUGUUUAGCUUAUCAGAGCUUCAAAUGAUGAUUAAUAUUACUGCCACUGGAUCUUGACUUGUGAUGCUCAGCAAUAAACAACCCCGCCCCCCCAACCCUGUUUAGCUGGUUUAAUGCUGUUGUACGUUUUAUAAACAGUCUUAAGUCCUUUCAUUUAUUUAGUUACUGUACAACUUGGUAUGAUUUUGAAAUUGCUUUUACAUUGUUGUAAAAAGAUUUCCACUGGGCUAAAUUGAGUAGCAGCUGUUCAGCUGGUGCUACAAGGCUGAACCCCGACUGAAAGGUGGGAAUGUGGUGGUAAUGCUGCUGAAAUACAUAAAAAUGUGAGAUUUAAAGAAAGAGAAAAAUGUUUUGUUGGGGGAAAAUAGCAUUUUGAAAUUUCAAAUACCUAAAAUGUUAUAUUGAAAUUGAUGUAACAUUUUAAAAUGAGCUUCCUUUGAUUAAAAAAAAUCAAAAAUGUAACAUUUAUUUCUUUGAUUAGAGUUUAAAAAUAACUGAUUUAAUACUGAACUCUUUGAUCUAUAUCUAUGUAUGUAACAUCAGCAAUAGGCUGACAAUGUCUAUGAUAAAUGGUGUUGAAGAAAUAAUAUACAAAAACCAAUCUUUGGACUUUGAGCGAAAUAAAUUCGUCACAGUUGUGACUUAUGAAGCA